AUGAAACAAUCGAUGAACUAUUUCGUUAGUAUUGAUGCACAUAAACUCAAAUUAUGGAAGAGAUUAUUGGAACGAAAUACCCCAAAUAAAACAUAUCCACGUGAACCAGAGAAAGGUGUGCCUACAGCAACCGAAAAGGGAAAAUUUGUGAUGAAACAUGAGGUAACCUAUACUACAUUUAAUCCCUCAGAAAAAACAUUGCAAGAAUAUUUUAUGAAUGAAGAGUUCAAAGCUUGUGGUCGAAGACGUCCUAUUAUUGCUGUUGAAGAAAUAAAACAACGACAAAUCAACAGACCAUUCAGUAAUGAGGAUAUAGGACAAAGUAGUGUCAUUUGGCGAAAAGGUCUCCAACAUCAAUACUUUUAUUGUUUUAAAAUGGAAAUAAAAGUGCUAAAAAACCUUAGUUCACCUCACAUUCCGAAACUCCUUCUAUAUAAUGAAAAAGCCCUUGUUGAAACUCAUCUUGGUACGAAAAGAUAUAACUUUAUUCGGGAUAGUGUAUCAAACAAUGAUAUUGGGAAAUUUGCUGGUGCACUUGAGUACAUGCACAAUGAUGUCUUAAGAUUAUUGGCCAACUCACCAAGUAUUGACUUGACAUGUUUUUUUAAGAACAUUUUACUUAAUGCUUCACAGACCAACGAAUGCAUUAAUGGAGAGAGCCUCUUUAUAGGAAUUAUGACUUCAAGUUACGGGCAAAAAAUGUAUUGGACUUUUGGUCCUCUCAUGGUAAAUCAUCUUUUUGCCAAAAAAUCUACAAAGAAGCAAAUGACUUGA